AUGAAUCCAUAUACUAUAUCACCUCUGAAUUUGAAUGUAUAUGUAGUUGGAGACGUUGGACAUCCUAAGGCGAAGGUUGUUCGUAUUGUACAUAUCUCAGAUACAAGAGGAGCACAUGAUGCCUUUACUGAAAAUAUUCCUCGAGGUCAUAUCCUAAUACAUUCUGGAGAUUUUACAUCACAUCCACCUUCGCUCAGUCUCCGUCUUGCAACAUGGUGUAGCAGCAUUACUGGUAGAAUUCCUCGAUUCAAGAAGCGUCAUUCAUUACCACCUAACAACUGGCAACAGAAAAUCAAAGAAAUUGACAAUUUUUUUGCCCAACAACCUCAUGAUUUUAAAAUAUUUGUCCCUGGCUGUUGGGAAACAUGGUAUUCAGAUUCAUCUAGUGAUUAUCCCACUCCUGAGAAAAUUCAGUCUCACCUUACGUCAGCCAUUUAUCUUGAAGAUUCAUGGUGUCAAGUAUUUGGAUUAACAAUUUAUGGAGUCCCUUGGACUGCAGCUGAUGAUUUAAGACCGGAAGAUGGAGCAUUUGUACAAAAACACUUUAGUCAUCGAAAAUUGAAACUAAACUCUUCAGCUAGUCAUCAGAGAAUAUCUGAAUCCAAUAAUGAUCAGCCGUCAUCAAAACAUGCAGCUAAUAUUCUUACCUCAUGUCGAUCUAAGGGCUUUGUUUUGCCCAGCAUUGAAGAUGUCUCUAAACGGUGGCUUCAUAUUCCAAAUAAUACAGAUAUAGUUGUAACUCACAUGCCUGCUUGGCGUCCAGAACUGUAUCCUCACAUUGCUGACCGUGUAAAACCAGUUUUACAUCUGUGUGGUCAUGAUUUCGCUGGCUAUGGAGUCAUGUGGAAAAAAGGAACACUCUUCUGUAAUGCAGCUUUGCAGUUGACUUCAACAUUUCCAGCCACUGGCUUACCACGACAUCAUUCCAGAAAAUUAGCCAAACAUACUACUAGCCACCAAUCAGACUACAACUUAGCUAAACAUAGUUCAGAUAAUUCCGUUGUAUUCAGUGAAUACCCCAACUCAUUCGGAGAUUUCCAAGAACCUCCAAUGUACAUAGCCAAACCAAAUGGUCGACCUCGACCACCAAGAUGGCAACGUGGAUUACCUAAACACUUGUCACGUUUAUUUUCAAGUAAUCAAAGUUCUAUUGGUUGCUCUUUUUUUCGUCGAACACAAGCAUCUAGUUCAUCUGUUGUGGUUUCACCAACACAGAGUUCAAAGGCUGCUGUUGCUCAUACCAGUGCCGAUUUUGGAUUUAUUUAUGAUCCAGAUAUGCGUGCAGGAAUUGGAGCAAUGGCUAUUAACGAUCCGAUGUGUAGUAGUGGCACAAGUAUGGGAUAUACUGUUGGUGGAACUGGUCUGUCAGGAAGUAAUGUAUGCUCUUCUGCAUGUCGACGGAGUCCAAUCGUUGUGGAUGUUUAUGUUGUUAAUGAUGAUCAAAGUGUCAUACUUCCACCAUACGCUACAUCUAACUUAGUCACUGAAGACCACAAAACUAUCGACUAAUCACAAUCUCCUAACAUUAGGCAUUCAAUGUAACAAAUUUCUUUGUGAAAUCAUAAAAUGAGCUUCAAGAAUUUCACAGUCUACAGAUUACACUACAUGUUUUUGAAUAAUUUCUAUUAGGAAGGUAUUAACAAACCACUGAC